GGCCUCAUCCCUCCGUCUGGUCUCCGUCAAAGUCCUGAACUUCGGCUAAACAUCGCCUUAUGCAUCUCAUCCGUUCCGUUUUCACUUGGUUUGUCUUUCUUUUUUCUAUUGUUAAUCCAAGGAUCCAUGUUGCUCUCCUUCACUCCUUCUAUUCCACCCCUUCGUAUACCCAGACGGCUUCAAGGGGUUAAGCAUGCAAUAGUUUCUUUCUUCUUCUCGAUUAUCGCAGCUUGGGCUCUAUUGAAGCUGUACUACUUACUAAAGCUGAUGGAAGUAGGUUCAAAUGGUGAAGCUAGGUUCAACUAUUCUUUCUGGGAAAGGUAGUUCGACCGAGUGGAAUUGAAGAUAAAAGAGCUCACGUUGAAGCACCUUUGAGUGAAAUUGCCUACCCCGGAGGUGAACGUGUAGAAAGGGGAAAGCUGCAUCUAACGGUAAAUAAGAUUAGCCAUUACGGAUCCACCCUUGUUCAUAUAAUGCCCACCUUUGUCCAUUUGCAGGUCCAAUUGAGCAAAUAUGUUCUUCCCAGAUGGAUAUUCCCAAUUCUUAUGCCCCUUUCCCUUUAUAAGUCAGUUGUUAGAAAUGCUUAAAUUUCUUCGAAACAUACUAGACUACUAAUAAGUGUUUGUAAAUAUGUAUAAAUGAUAUUUUUAGAUAAAUACAUUUUAUGCUUAUAUAUGGAGUAGUUAUU